GCACGCAAGAAUGGCGGCGUUCAAAUACAAGUGUUGUGUUGGUGAUUGUGAUGCAACAAGCUCCAAUUAUAGACUUUUUUGCAUGCCCUUAAAUGUUAAUUUAAGGAAACUAUGGCUAUCGCUAUUGGUUCCGACAAACCCUAAUUUACUCGGACUAACCGAGAACCAGCUGUUAAAAAAACGUGUCUGUGAAAGACAUUUUGACGAGACUCAAUUCGAUAAAUCUGGCGUUAGAACCCGCUAUUCAUAUCCAUGUCUUUUUACGGAAAUGGAAAUUGCUCAUGGCAUACCUCUUGCUAAGGGUUGGAAUUUUAUGGAUGACCAUAGUUACUGUCAGGGCUAUGAACAAGAAUCUGAUAAUUCAAUUGGUGAACCAAUUACAAUGACAGGUAAUAUUUUCGACAUGCAUAGGUAUUCACUCCCAUCAACCAGCUAUUCAAAAGAAGUUAUAGCACAACAUCAGGAAAUAGGAAAGUCACUAUGUUUUAAUAAGGAAAUUCGCAAUUAUGUUAAAAAAUGUAAAAAAAUUGCUGUAGAUAAUCAGAAGAAGACAAAUAGUCAGAUUCUACAAAGUGCACAAAAACAAACUGAAAAUCAUUUCAUUCUUGUUAUUGCAAUUAAAACUUGCAACUAA